AUGAUUAAAACAGAUGAAAAGAAUGAAUCAUUGAAUCCGAAUAAAGUUUUAAAGGGUGUUGACCCUCUAGGAAUGGCGUUCGUAGUUUUUCCCAAAGAGCCGGAAAUGCUAACAUCAGAUGACGUAGAGAAGUUCAGCAGUGAAUUAAAGGAGAAGAAUAAAGUAUUGAAGAUUAUUUUGGAUGAAUCAGGGAAUCGAACAUUAUCUUUACUUAAGGGUGAAAAAGAAAAUGAUCUGAAAAAUUUUAAAGAUAUGAUUGAAUGGAAACAAAGUAAUCCCGAUUAUAAUAUGGAGGAUGCGAUAAAUUAUUUCGAAAAGACAUCAAAAGUCGCUGAUGUUUUCGCAAAAAUCAUUUACGAAUACGAUUAUCCCGAUUACGUUCUUAAAUCACCCAUCACCACAAGAAUAAAACAAGAAAACGACAACGAUAAUAUACGAAUAGAAAUUAAAACAAUAAACAACAGCAUAAACGGGGAACUCGAAGAAGAUAAAGUCAAAGAACAAUACACCGCUAUUGAAGAGCGUAAACAAUUCGAGUUUCUUCUCUUGUUAUCGGGUCUAAUAUUGGAGCAUCAAAAUGAUUUAGAGAGAGGAUUUACUUUUAUCAAAAUUUGGUCACCUUUUCAUAAAUUAUGCGAAGCUGCUGAGCACAUGCGAUUAAGAGUUGAACUAGAGUCGAGAAAAAUCGAAGAAGAAUAUGACGAGAAAAAAGAAUCAGACAUUACAAGCUUCAAUGAAAUCGCGACAAUAGAACAAACGUUUCUCUUACACAAAAAAAAUUCUAUCGAUAAUAAACAAAAGACAAUUGAAAAUGAAAGAUUCAAUAAUAAUUUAAUACUCAAGUAUUCGACUCGUCAUUUUCAUCAUAAAAUGAAUAUUACAAAACAAUCAGUCUUAUUCAAAAAAGAAAAUUUAAAGGAUUACAAAGGGGCACAUUACGAAAAUUGGAGUCGUAUAAUGUUGAACUUUUGGAGUGGAUCAAGACGAAAUCUUUUAACGCAUUAUCUGAUCAUAAAUGCUAAUGGUUUUCGACUCCAAAUAGAAGGAAAACAGUCAGAGAAACAACGAAUAUUAGCAUUGGCUUUUGACGCAUUGAUACAAAAGCAAAUUUAUGCUAGUCAUUUUCCACUUCAUUAUGGGUCUCCAUAUACAAAGCAAUAUAAUGAUGUGUGCGCGAAGUUGAAUCAAAUUAUAAUUAGUAAAUCACUUUCAAACGAAAAAGAAGAGAAGAACUUGAACAGCAUUGAGCUAUAUUCAAAUUUGUUUAAAUCAAAAAAUCGACGAUCACUUGAAAAAAUCCGGGAAUACUUUGGCGAAAAAUUGGCACUUUACUUUGCAUGGCUUGGAUUCUAUUCAUCAUGGUUAUUUAUUGCGACAAUAUUAGGUGCUAUAACUAUAUUAUAUGGUGUGAUUGAUGCAGCAAGUAAAGGUGAAUUUAAUAAUGGAAUUUUUGGAAUCUUUAAAAUUUGGGAUAACGUCUUGACAUUACCAUUCGCAUUGUUGCUUUCUAUAUGGUCCACAUGGUUCUUGGAAUCCUGGAAGCGAUAUAAUUCCGCUCUUGUUAACGAGUGGGGAAUGUCUGAUUUUGAAAUGGAGAAACAACCCCGACCAUUCUUUUUUGGAACAGUUUUACGCGAUUUAUUAAUAUCAUCAAAUCGUGACGAAAUUCGCUUUCCAUUUAAAAAAAGAAUACAACAAAACUUUUUGUCGAUAAGUAUAAUAAUUGUAUCUAUUUUAAUUGUUCUCGUCUCUAUUGGAAAAUUACUGCUAUUCUCCAAAGUGUGGUUCAAUUUUGGAGUCUGGAGUAGCUUUUUCUCGAGUUUGAUUAAUUUGGCGUUGGUCAUUAUGCUUAGUGCUGUCUAUGGAAAAAUUGCAAAGAUACUGACUGAUUUCGAGAAUCAUAAAACUGUCACAAACUAUGAAGCUUCAUUGAUACUUAAACUAUAUCUAUUCGAUUUUGUGAAUUUUUAUUCGGCACUUUUUUAUAUUCUGUUGUUCAAUCAAAAGUUUUCUAUAAAACUCUUGUAUGGAGACGACACUGUAGAAGGAUGCCAAUACCAUAAUUGCAUGACUGAACUCACUAUUCAGCUUGUUAUUAGGCUUAUUGGUAAACAAUCAGUUGAUCAAUUCAAGCAACUUUUAAUGCCAUGGAUCAUACUCAAAUUUGAUAAUCUAUACGAUCGGCAUCCUUAUAUAAACCCACUUUUCUUUCUGUCAUUUUGCUGCUCCUCUUCAUCGAGAUCAUACCGAUUCUCUAAGCCUAAAAUAAAAUCAGAAGGAAAAACUGAACCUACUGAUAAUAAACAAUGGAUAACGGAUGAUAAACUGUUAUCUUCAAAUAACGAUGACAGUAUUAGAUCAGAUUACCAAGAAAUGGUUGUACAAUUUGGGUUUAUUUCGUUGUUCUCCACCGUAUUUCCAUUAGCGCCGUUAUUCGCACUAUUAAAUAAUCUUGUGAAAAUUCGAACAGAUGCACACAAGUAUAUAGUCGUGAUGCAACGACCAAUUGGCUUUCUCGCUCAAAAUAUCGGAAUGUGGGACACAAUAAUCCAUGUGAUUUCGUUUUUGUCUGUGUUGACGAACGCAACGAUAGUCGCGUUUCAUUCCAGUUAUAUGCAACGCGUUUUUGAGGUGUAUGUUCAGACAGAUUAUCAGUUGUUGAUUAUUCGUGUGGCGUUUAUUUUCGCUUUUGAGAAUAUUGUCUUUAUAGCGAAAUUACUAUUUAGAUACUUGCUUCCUAAAGUACCUUCCAAUAAUAAUGCCCAAGCAAUAACUACCACACAACGAAAAAACGAACUAGACUCCUUAUUUAAACCUAGAUUGUCAAAUUCCCUUGAUGACAGACGCAAGAAAUUACGACUGGCUCGUCGACUAUUGACUAUUUAUGGACAGGACGAG